GUUAAGUUAAGGACGAAAUAUCAUACUCCAUAAUUUUAUCACGUUCAAUUCAUUCAUUAUACCUGACAUCCAAAGCAAAGCGCUCCCGAAAAGAAGAACAAGACAAAAUUGGUCAACUCGCUCUGAAAAUGCGCCAUCGAUCUCUUGUCACGAAUCAAAUUCCUCUCCGCUGAGUUGGGAAAUCUCAUUUUGAUCAAGAAAACGAAACGGGAAAAGAACGAAACCCUCCCCCCCCCCGGAGGCGGACGAACAAACAAAGAGAUCAUGGUCUUGAUCUUAGCCCCUCGUCGGCGCCUCGUGCCCGUCGUCGCGCUAUUCACCUUCGUCUUCGUCUUGCUAUUUCUUCGUCGAAGUGACGGGUACGACUACGGCGCCCAUGUGCCACCUUCAUCGUCAUCGUCAUCGUCAUCCUCCUUCUUCUCAUUCCUCGGGGGCUCGGCGCCCAGUCCGCAACCAUUCCCGCCCACGUCGGAACGCGUGCCCUUCCGAAACAGCUCGUUCGAUUGGACCGACGUCGACCAGCACUUCCCCAUCCAUUCCAUGAUCCCGUUGCCGACCGGGCGCCCCCGUCGUCGCAUCCCGCGCAUCCAGCACGACUUUUCCCCUUCCUUCUUCCGAACCACGACGACUGUCACAACGACGGAAACCGAGCUGGAGGCACGCCGCGCCGCCGUCCGCGACGUCUUCGUCCAGGGUUGGAAGACAUACAGAGACCGAGCAUGGGGCCAGGACGAGGUCGGCCCCGUCUCCGGCGAGCCCAAGAAGAACACAUACGGCGGGUGGGCCGUCACGCUGUUCGACAGCCUCGACACGCUGUGGAUCAUGGGGCUCAAGGACGAGUUUUACGACGCCGCCACCUACGCCGCCCAGGUCGACUGGGCCGCCGAGAAGACCCGGGCCGAGGGCGGCGGCGGCUUCAACGUCCUCGACACGACGGUCCGCCACCUCGCCGGGCUCCUGUCGGCCUUCGACCUCAGCGGCGAGCUCGCCCUGCUCCGCAAGGCCACCGAGCUGGGCGACCUCCUCUACAUGGCCUUCGACACCCCGAACCGCCUCCCCGCCCGCUGGGCCAACCUCAACAACAUGCGCGCGGGGACCCAGAUGGCCGGCGACCACGACCCUUCCGCCGCCACCGGCACCCUGGCCCUCGAGUUCGCCCACCUGUCCCAGCUGACGGGGGACCCGAGGUACUUCGAUGCCGUCGCCCGCGUCACCCGCGUCCUGCAGCGCACCCAGCACCAGUCCCUCUUGCCGGGCAUGUGGCCCCGGCUCGUCGACUUUCGCAACGAACGCGUCGACACCGACAACGCCUUCACCCUGGGCGCCACCGCUGGCUCCCUGUACGAGUACCUCCCCAAGAUGCACGCCCUGCUCGGGGGCCGCGACCCGAUAUACGAGGCCAUGUACCGUCGCGCCGCCGAGACUGCCGCCCGCCACAUCGUCUUCCGCCCCAUGCUUCCCUCCGACGCCGCGCAUCAACGAGAGGAGGAGGAACAAGAGCGAGGAGAGCAAACACCAAUUCAACCCUCGCGACCCCGCAUCCUCUUCACGGGUGACGUCUACGUCCACGAUGAGCGCAUCGAUCACAUCCCGGAGACCCAGCAGGCCGCCUGCUUCGCCGGAGGUUUCUUCGCCCUCGGAGGCCGCCUCUUCGACUUGGACCACCAUCUCGACAUGGGCGACCAACUAGCCCGCGGUUGCGCCUGGGCAUACGACGCCUUCCCCGCCGGUGUCAUGCCCGAAGUUUCCACCCUCAUCCCCUGCUCCCGAUCCUCCGAGGGGAACGAACAAGCUACGGAUACGGCCAGCGCUGAUAUAAGGAGCAAGAAGUCGCGCGGCGACGAGAAGAAGAUCGGAAGGGACCAUCGGAAGGCCCUGGAGGAUGGCUCUGGCUCUGGCUCUGGCGUCCAUCUCGACGAGUGCCCCUGGGACCCAGACCGCUGGGCCGGCGAAGGUGACCCGCGACUCCGCAAGGGCUUCAAGAACGUCAAGGACCCGCGCUACCUCCUUCGCCCCGAGGCCAUCGAGAGCGUCUUCCUCCUCUACCGCAUGACCGGCAAGGAGGACCUGCGUGACAUCGCCUGGCGCAUGUUCCAAGCUACCGUCAACGCCACCCAGACACCCCACGGCAACGCCGCCAUCGACGACGUGACCGCCCAUCAGGGGGGGACUAAUAAAAUUGACUCCAUGGAGAGUCAUUGGUUCGCUCAAACGCUCAAGUACUAUUACUUGAUCUUCUCACCCCCCGACCUCAUCAGCCUUGAUGACUUUGUCCUGAAUACCGAGGGCCAUCCCUUCCGGCUAGGCAUAUGAGAUGCAGCAUUCCUCUAAAUCACUGACGGCCACGACAACCAACUCUUGGGUUGAAAAGGCGGAGAAUACGAAUAACCAAAACUAGGCUCUCAGUCAUUUCUCCAUGGCAAAUACGAGAGAGGUGGCCGGCUAGACCCCCCCCC